CUCUGCGGGAGUUAUCGCCGUCUUUCCACUAGUUCACCAGCUUUAAGAUGUUCUACAUUGUUGAAAUGAAGGAGGACGAAAAGAAAUGGGUUGCAGUGGUGCCACAAUCAUAUUUCGACAACCAGACGUGUGCAUGGCCAAAUUCAAAAAAUGCAGCAGUAGUCGUAAAAUCCGGCCGCCCCCCAAAAUCAUCCUUUCCCCGAUAUGCCGCUAGGAUUCUUCAUGCAUAUGCCACAUACGAGGAGGCCCGGAAGAAAAUUGUGCAAGCCGAGUUGACUUCAGAUUUAUCUAGUACCGAGGCGGAUGAUUUACCUCACAAAAGGACUAGAAAACCGCAACGAUUCACAUCUCCUGGAAGCGAUAAUGACGUAGAGGACUCAGAUGACGACAACGUUUUACACGAUUUAAGAGCUUCCGCACAUUCGAAAAUAACCACUGAGGUCGUCAAAACUCACCUUCCGGAAAUGCCUAGUCUUGCACUAGUUGGACAUUGUACCGAUGAUAAAACAUCGGAUUCAUUAGAAAACGCGGACGUCGUACUUGAGAAUGCAGAUGGUGCUAUUCUAGCAAAUUCGUCAUCAUCACAAAUUGUGAUGACGAAUUUGGACGUGGGUGAACUAAACAUGGAUCAGCUCAACUGCGCUUCUGGGUCAAGUAGUCAAAAUCCUUCGAACGUUGUUGGAAAACUAAACGUUGAGUGCGCCGAAGGUUCUGAAAUUUUACGGCAGAACAUGGAGUGGACAGUAGCUGAAGCCUCACAGCCAUUAUUUGUGACCAAUAUUCCAAAAGCUGAGUGGAGCAAACUUCUUACGGACGUGGCAUUAAUUAAACUUAACUUGGAUAAUAUAAAUAAGAGGCUCACAAAUUUUUGCAAGGAGGAUUUAAAAUCCAAGGAACCGCCAAUAAUUGAAAAACCAUUUGACAAUUUAGCUGAGUUUCUCGCAUUUGACGAGUCACUUAUGCACAAUGAAGGAAGACAACUAAGACUUAAGCGUCACAUUUCUCGUGGAGGUAGCUCAAAAGUCCCGGAAGUCGUUGGCGACAUCCUAAAGAAGCUAUUUACUAACUUUUUAGCUCUUGGGAUUAGCUUUAAAGGGUUAAAGCAAAAUUACAAUUUUUCAUCAACAACGUGCUGGACUGUCAUGUCAGAUUACAUAGGUGAAGCCAAACCGGAAAUUUCAGAGAAAGAAUUGGCUAAAGCUGUAAUUUCCUGGUUCCAGCACGCAGGUGACCGACUGAAGGCUGAGCAAACUACUAAAAAAUCCAAUACUAAAUAAUUUUUUAGCUUAAAAUCAUUAAUGCGUGUACUGUUUGUAGAAUGUUAAGUAAAUAAAUAAAUUUUGAAGAAAAUAAUA